UAAAAGAUCCAGGCCGUCAAUUUCCCUGAACCAAACGUGUGAACAUACAAAAUAUUAUUAAAAAAAAUAAAUAAUUACACAACCUUUCGAUCUGAAUCAUAUAGGGACCAAGAGUGAGAGAGACCUUCAACAAUAUUUUCAGUCGGACAAGAAAAAUGAGUUUUUCUUCAAGACCCGUUUCAAGUCCGGGUCGAACCGAGAACCCGCCUCUACUUAUGCGGUUUUUACGAACCACCGCCGGAAGCAGAAGCAGACAUCGCUCCCGUUCUCGUCCCCGUUCAAAAAAACCUAUAUUUUUCCGGAGAAAAAACGCGACGGAGACGCAAGAACCGUCUUCACCUAAAGUCACAUGCAUGGGUCAAGUAAGGAUAACCCGCUCCAAGAAACCCAAACCGGGAACUAACCGGGUCAACGGAGGUCAUUUGCGUGGUGGUGCAAAUGAAAGUCGCCGGCGUAGACGGUGCGGAUGGGUCAAGAACGCGUUUUCUUGCCACCCUUUCUCCGGGAGACUAAAACCGACAUGUUUUACCCCUGCUUGGCGCAAAUGGAAGUCGUUUACUAAUGUUAGUUUCUCGAGGAAGUCAGAGAAGAGGUCAAGCUCCUCGAGGAGUGAGCCUAUCUUCAGCCGCUCAACGGUGGAGCCAGAAGAAGCUGAGGAGGUUCAAAAGAAAGAACGUAAACAAGAAGAAGAAGAUGAAGAUCUGCCAGCUACUCCGCCAAGAAACGCUUUCUUACUUACUCGAUGUAGAUCUGCACCGUAUAGAUCUCCUUCAUUGGGAGAUAACUUCUUGGAAGAAGAAGAAGGAGAAGAGACAAAGGAAUCUCACUUCCAACGACAUGGUAAUGACGUCAUUGCAUCGCCGGAAAAUGUGUCGGUUUCGAGUGAGGUGAGUGAAGGAGUGAAACGGUGUGUUUUGGGAUCGCCACGACGACAGUGUAUGGUACUCACGCGCUGUAAGUCGGAGCCUGCGAGGUUAGGAGAGAAACUAGUACCCGAGAACCGAAGGUUGGGAUACACGUAAUAAUGGGUUUUACAUUUUUUUGUUUUUUUCUUGUAUUUUCUUGAGAAAAUUAAAUUGAUAUGAAUACUAUAUUCUUUGUUGAAUUUUUUUACCUUUGGAAAGUUUCGCUGAAAUUUAGGGCAUUAAAAGUUUUCUUUACCCAAGAGAAUCUUGUGGUUCCCUGGCGAUGUAAUAAUAUUUUUCUAGUGUCCUAUCUAUGACAUGUAAUUAAACAAAUAAUUUCGUUCGUACAAUUAUAUACUUUUAUAUAGAAUUAUUUUGUUUAUGAUUAUAGUUUUGUAUUUUUAGAAUCCUAGAUCUCCAAGAGCAUCUUCCUAUUUUUCCAUACAUGAUG